AAAAGGUGUACACGGUGGAGUGUCAGUUCGUCUGAAGUAUUUUCGCUGACGACAAGCAAUGUUAAAAAAUUAAAACUAGCCAUGCCAGACGACAAGAAAACCGCUGUAGCAAAGAAGAAGGCAGCCGGGGAUGAAACUCGGUUACUUCCGAUAAUUUUGCGUUAUUUUAAGUUAGCCGGAGUUGCACUUGCUGUAUAUGGUUUUGGAUACACUCAGUUUAGUCCAAGUUGGAUUCUUUUAGGACUUCUUGCAUACGUAUGGAAAGAAAAAAUCACCCAGCGAAAACACCUGCAGAUAAAGAUACAACAGCAAAUAGCAAAGGAUGAGGAAUCGACGAUAUUGGCUCGAGUGGAAGAUUUGCCAUCAUGGGUCCAUUUUCCUGACGUUGAAAGAGCUGAGUGGUUUAACAAGAUUCUGGACCAGAUCUGGCCAUUUAUUGGAGAUUAUGUGAAGAAGCUACUGUUGGAUUCCAUUCAGGAAAAGAUCCAACAGAGUCACUCAACAGUGGGGUCAUUCAGGUUCACACAGAUUGACCUCGGUGAUAUUCCUCCGAGGAUUGGAGGUGUAAAAGUUUACACAGAAAAUGUCCGCCGUGACGAGAUUUAUCUCGACCUGGAUAUCAUCUACAGCAGUGAUAGUUUUAUUGAGGUCAAGGUCAAGGGCAUUACAGCUGGUAUUAAGGAUCUACAGUUGCGUGGAACGUUGAGAGUGAUCUUCAAACCUCUGAUUGGACAGAUACCCUUGUUCGGCGGGAUGAGCUUUUUCUUCAUUAACACUCCAGAUAUUGACUUCAAUCUGACUGGACUUGCCAACUCCCUGGAUCUGCCAGGACUCAGUGAUAUGUUGGAUACAAUUAUUGCGGAACAGAUUUCCAACAUCAUGGUGCUACCGAACAGGAUCGUUGUUCCAAUGGUACAAGAUGUCAACUUGAUGAGGCUCAGAUAUCCUCAACCUGAUGGAGUAUUAAGGGUCCAUGUGUUGGGAGCCAAAGAUCUCAUCAAAGCAGAUAUCGGAUUUGCCAAGAAAGGAAAAUCUGACCCAUAUGCUGUAGUGAAAGUUGGAGCAAAGAAGUUUAAGACCAAAGUAAUCAAUAAUACUGUUCACCCAGAGUGGAAUGCUGUGUUUGAGGCUAUUAUUGACAUCAAGGACGGACAAUAUGUCGAUGUUGAGCUCAAAGACGAAGAUCCGGGCAGUAAAGAUGAUGAUUUAGGAUGUGUGAAUAUUCCUAUAUCUUCGGUGGCCAAGGAGGGCGAGAAAGAUAAUUGGCUCCCCCUAGAGGAUGUUAAACAAGGCUUGCUGCACAUUAAGUUGGUGUGGAAUUACCUGUCUAAAGACCCAUCAAUCCUAGACCAUACGUUGCAGCACAUGGAGAAUAAUACUGAUGGUACUGAAUUAUCCUCUUCUCUACUGAUGGUGAACCUGGACUCUGCACGAGAACUUCCGUACCAAUGUUGGAACCAAUUCGGAUUAUUUAAGCGUGGAAAAAAACAGAUGGCUGAGCCGUGUGCCUACUGUAUUGUGAGUGUAGGUCAGAUGAAGGAGGAGAGUGCAGUAAAGAUGAACACAGACAGUCCAAUCUGGGAGGAAAACUAUCGCUACCUUGUACAUGAUCCCAACAUCCAGGUCAUCGAUGUACAGGUCAUGGACAAGAAAACUGGAAAAUCCCUUGGUGACAUGAAUUUGCCUCUCAAGUCUGUUCUUAGAGCUCCUGAUAUGACACUUGACCAAUACUUCAGCCUGAAGAACUCUGGAGCUAGCAGCCAAAUCCACAUGAGGCUUGCACUGAGGGCACUGACAACAGAGAAAUCUAAAGAGUCUACAGAACCUGAGCAGCUCAUCACUCCUAGUGAAGUCAAUAAGGACGGGACCCCAGUAGACAGUGCCACUGCUGCUGCCACUACCCCAUCAGGAGCCCCAACUCAAGCAGCUCCAGCCCCAGCAGCUACACCCAAGGACCAAAAGGCUGCCUCCACUCCAGCUGCUAGCAAGGACACUGGUAAAAUUGUCCCAGAGACUGUUUCAUCAGACCAGUCCAUUCCCCCAGGCAAGACAGCCACACCUCAACAGAGAACAGAUACUGACCUGAGACAGAGAAAGGCUACUACACCUACUCCAGCAGCACCUAAUCCAAAAGGAGCAUAUGAACAUGGUAGGAUGAACCUGACGCUCAGGUACAGCUCUCAAAGGAAGAACUUGGUGGUCGUUGUCCACAAGUGUGUACACUUGAUCGCCUGCGAUGAUGACAACUUGGCUGACCCUUAUGUGAAGAUGUAUCUACUCCCGGACAAAUCCACAAGACACAAGACCAAGAUUGUCAAAAAUAAUCUGAACCCUAUUUUUGAUGAAACAUUUGAGUUUGAGGUAAACCCAGGAGAUGUUAAAAAUCGCACCCUGGAUAUCACAAUACGAAAUGAUACAUCAAUGUUCUCUGGGAACAAGAGGACCAUGGGAACAAUGGCGAUAGACCUCACCAAUCUGGAUCUGACUAAGACGACAACAGAAUGGUUUGAUGUCCGACCUGAGGAUUAUGAAGGCAAACCAUACUCAUUCAGUUCUGAUGUUUAAACAAUCUUCCCAUGCAUCACCAUCCAAUGACAUUUUACAGCCAAGGAUUCAAGUCAUUUGUCAUAUAGUGUUAUGUAACUUGCCUUUUAUCACUCAAAUUAUCUCGCUCAUAUGUGUUGUCUUUAGAUUUGCAUGGCAAUAAUUUUAUUGUAACAAUUUAUGCAAAGUUGAAUCCAUCCAUUGCAGUUUGAGACUGAAAAAUAGAUUUAUUGUUGUUUAAGAUAAAUUGUUGGGGUUAAGAAAAUGUUGUUAGUGAAAACAAAAUUACAUAUAAUGGAGAUGGCAAAAGAUGGUGUGUAAAAUCAGAAUAUUUCAAACAUAAGUGAGUUAUUUUAUUUUGAACAUGUACCAUUUUACAAGAUGACAGAAUAUUUGUCUCUAACUUACAUUAAGAGUGAUAUGUAUAUUGAACAACAAAUUAGCUUUAAAAUGUGAUCUUGUUAAGGUAUUUAAUUGCCAUAUUAAAGAACAAUAAUAGCUAGAUAGGGUAUUUUUUACAACUUGGAUAUAUUUACCAUUUUAUUUUUAAUUGUCAAGAUCAGAAAAGCUGCAUGAAAUGCACUGUUGAUAUAUUUUUGAAAGCGAACAGUUUACUUUGCAUUGUUGAUGGAAUAAAUAAGAGUCAUAUCAUUCGUGAUUUUACGGACAAUGUUCCUCAUGAACUUAUUAGUAAGGACCUCAAAUGUCCAGUCUCUGUUCAGACUGUCUCCAAAUUAUACAUUACCACAUGUAUUUGUGGGAAAGAGUUUUUGAUGGCCAAAAAAAGGGGGGGGGAUUUUUUAUUCCUCAAAUUAUGAGCCAAUGUAAUAUCUAAAAUUGUUUUUGUUCUCAUUUCUGAAAGAAUUUACCAUGGUUGAAUUCUCUUUACCCUCCAAAAUAGUUUGUCUAUGUCAGUGUAAUCCCAUUUUGAUGGCUUUCAGUCAUGAUAUUCAGUGUAACAAAGUCCACAACACAUAUCAGAAGCUACAUUGUAUAUAUGAUGGCACCCCUAGCAUAUUGGUCAUAUUGUACGUUAUGUUGGGAAUGGUACUAGAAAUAUUUGUUAUGUUAAUACACAGUUAUAUUUACAUAUUAAAGUGAUUUGAUUUAACACAGUUAUGUUUACAUAUUAAAGUGAUUUCAUUUAAUACACAGUUAUAUUUACAUAUAAAAGUUGAUUUUUAUUAGCAAGUGCAUGACAACCGUGUGUAAUAGUGCACCUCUGUAGCUGGCAGAGAGUAAUGCUUUAGGAUACAACAGUUUACAUACAAGUGAUGGCUGCCUUCCUUAAUGCUUAGAGGGACAAGUUCUCUAUCAUAUACGGGCUGGGUGAACCAUAAACUUUAUUAUCAUUUAAAACAUGAAAUGUUUAGAUGUGGUUUUUGAUGUAUCAAAGGUUUGAUGAGCUACUCUUCUACAAUGGCCUUAGCAAUAUAACACCUUUUGGUGGAUGAUGUGAUAUACAAAUUUAAUGCCUUUUGUUGUGCUGGAAAUCAUCGUCGUUCUUGGUGGCUGUAUCUAUGCAUAUUACGAUAUGCUGGAAUGUGUUUGAUAUAUAUUAUUAGAUAUAAUCUAUAGGGAGCUUUGGAAUUAUCAUGAAAUUUAUUUUUUGGAAAAAACUGUUUGUUUUUAUUUAAAUGUUUUAUUUUGUAAAGCUGAUAUUAUGAAAAGUGCAUCAUUGUUACUACAGGGUUAUGAUUGGUACUUUGCCGAAAAAAACAUGAUUAUUUACCACUACAUGCUAAGUAAAAGUCUUGCAGGAGGAAUUUUUUCACUUAAACUUAAAGAGUGCUUUUUACAUGAAAACUUUAUGAUAUUAGAUAAAUCAAAAUUACAACAAUAUGAACUACAUUGCACAAUGUUCUGUUGAGAAAAAUUACAUCUUGUUACUUUGAAUACUCAUUCUAUACAAAACUGAUUUUGGUACAAGAUUUUGAUUUCCUUGAUAUUUUCAGCUUAGCUUUCAUAAAUUAACAUUGUUAUGGAAUAUCAUCUAAAUAGAUCCAUAGUACUAUAACCUGUUGCUUUGUCAGACAUUUAAUUCUUUUAUUGUACUCAGUUCUUUCCUUUUCAUGUACUCAGUUGUUCUUUCCUUUUCAUGUAUAAUCAGCUUUGUGAUUGUGAUAAUGCUGUAACGUAAAACCACUGAUCAUGAAUCUAGUGGAUCUGUUAUCAGUUUUUUCGAUGUUAACUGUUUUCACAUUUCUAUUUUCUGUUUUCUUUUUAUAUCAAUUUUUGUUCUAUUUUCGUUGUUGUACAUUUGAACCUAGGAUAUUGUUUGGGACCUAUAACUAAAUGUUACAAUGCCUAUAUCUGGCAUUCAUUGCCACCAUGUAAACAUGGCUUUUGACUUAUCCCAUCCUUCUGUAAAAUUUUCGACAGAAAUAUCAAUAUUUUAUCAGUACUUAACUUUCAGUGGAUUAUUUGUUCAUUCCACAUAAAAAUCUUUGUACUUCUGUUGAUGUUAUUGAGUGUUGAGUGUAUUGAAACGGACACCAAAUUAUAAAGCCAAUGAUAAAGUACUGUUACAUAAAUGAUUUAUGUGGGAAACUGUAGGUCCAUGUAUAAAGAGUUCUGAAUGACUGUUUAUUCAUGGCUAAUUGAGAAAUAUAAGAAAUCUCAUUAUAUAUUACAUAAUAUUGUUUUGCUUUUGUAGUUUUAGGCAGAUUAACAUUGUAUUUAAUUUUAUAAUUAUGUUGGUAUAGCACUUGAGUUUAUUGGUAGUUAUGGUGGGAAAUAUAAUGGUAUUUUCAUUAUGAUUAGUGCAAUUAUAAAACAAAAUUAGCUGGUACACCUGUAUAUACUCGCAUCCCAUAUCUAAUUAAUGGAACUAACUCAAAAUGAAAAAAAGAGCUUUUGAAAAUAAAUAAAGAAUACAAACUUUGUAAAGAAUAUUUCACUUUUUUUUCAGAUAUUAGCAAAUCAUCAGAAAAAAAUAUAUUAAUUUCUAAACAGUAUAGAUAACAUACUAUUAAAGUAAUAUACCAUUCAUGAUAAAAAUGUUACUAAUACAUGAAUAGAGAGCACAGUUGUUGUUCGACUCCUCUGGAUUGUUACUAAUAACUCUCCUUACCUGCUGCUGCAUACAUCACACACUAUAAAUUUUACUUUUACCUA